AUGUUCGGCGUGCGGUCCUUUUCGAAUGACACUCGAAUGAGGCAAAAAUGCAAAACAAAAAAAAAACAAACAAAGAGCGAAAAUAUAGCCACGGAUCAGAUGGAUCAGAAAGAGAAAUUGGCCAAAGCUUGUUACGGUGAUGGAAAAGGCUCUAACGAUAGUGAUGAUCAGGAAAGCAGUAUUCUGGUCAUAUAUACCGGAAAGGACAAUAAUUUAAUUGAAAAUAAAUUACAAGAUACAGGAAAGUAUCAACAUUUACAGCAGUGCUUUUAUGUGAUAGACAAUUGCGCUCUUUCUACCACGGCACCACCAUUCAAACGACGUAUCGGUAUUAGUUUACUUGAAUGUGCACAGUUCUGUUCGAGUUUACCUGGAUGUCUUUCGGCAUCUUAUUCAACACCUCUCUCAAUUUGUGAUGUUUAUCAUUUCAAAUUUGGCUUGCGAGGAAAAAAAGUGAUGAAAUCGCUGUGGCAUUAUUAUCUGGAACCACAACCCAAUAAUGCUCCUGGAUGUUUUUUAGAUGAAGGUUGUCCAGAUGGUGAAAAUGUGGUAGUGACGAAAGCGCCAGGGUGGAGAAUAGCGAAAUUUAACGGUCAACAAAUUGCUGAAUUGUGUGAUGGGACGCUAAUUGAACGUCAGCCACAACACAUACUUGUCACUUUUCCUGAUGCAAUUUUGACAACAUCAACACUGGUGAAAUGCUUGUUGAAAUGUUUCUGGUCGCUUCAAGAUGGCCGAACAUUUCAGUGCCAUUCGUUAAUGUACUUUUAUGAGCAAGAAGUUGAUAAUUGUAUACUAAAUAGCCGAUCAAAAAGAAAUCAUCCAAAUAGUUUAAAAGAAGAAACAGUCUCAGUUGUUGAUUAUUUCGGUUUGGAUGAAUGUUUAAAUAUUUCAUUAAUGGAUCAAGUAUCCAAAACCAAUCUCAUUGGAACAUAUCGAUAUAAAAAGCACCAGGAUAUUUCAAUAACGCGAAGGACGCGUGUUUAA